AUGUCUCCCCGUGGGUGUGAUGUCAGGCCGGGUGUCGCCGUUCCACACGUCCCUCCGCACUUUGAGUGGAACUCUGCAGCUCCCACAAUCCCGCGCCUACCGGAACUUCCGGCCUGUGGGGGGUUCCCGUUCUCAGCGACUUCCGGUCGGACGGGUGAGCGUGACGUCAGAGGAUCGUGCUGUAAGAUGCUGCCAGGGAUCAGAGCCCGGUGUGCGCUCUUCUCAUCUGUCUUUAUUCGCCAAGGAGUGCGGUUUCUGACGACGGGGGAUACAGGGAGGUAUGCUGAAGAGAUCCAAUUGCCUGUUUGGAAGGAGCGCAAAAAUGAAACUCAAGAAAUAAAGAGAGCAAGACUAUUAUACGAGAGCCGUAAGCGAGGCAUGCUGGAAAACUGUAUACUGCUCAGUUUGUUUGCCAAAAAAUACCUAAACACCAUGACAGAGGCGCAGUUGUCACAGUACGAUCGGCUGAUCAAUGAGCCUAGCAACGACUGGGAUAUAUACUACUGGGUCACAGGGGCAGAGGAACCCCCUGAGAAGUUCAACAAUGAGAUAAUGCAUUUGCUAAAGGACUUUGCCAUGAACCGUGAUAUGGAGCAACGUCUGAGGCAGCCGGACCUAGAAUAUUUAUUCAAAGAGGCAAAGUAACCUACAGAAAGGAUUCUCGAUGCUGAUGGUGGAAGACAAUGGCCCACAUAUAAAAGGCUGGCAUAUCUUCCGUCAGUCUACAAAAUGAACUGGUCUUGACUCUUUAUGGCAAUAUCAGCUGCUUGCCAGGAGCAGGAGAGGAGACAACCUCUGAAACAAUUUGUCUAAAGCAGUGGUUCUCAACCAGCGUGCCUCCAGCUGUUGCAAAACUACAACUCCCAGCAUGCUGGGAGUUGUAGUUUUGCAACUGCUAGACGCACCCUGGUUGGAAAACACCUGGUCUAAAAGUUUCCAUACUCAUUGAAUAGCUGUCAGCCUAAUGGUCAUUGGGUCAUUUUGGCUUAAAACUAUUCUCCUUAAAGGGGUACUCAUGUGGAAAACUUUUCUUUUUUUUUUUUUUUUUUUUUUUUUUUA